ACGCGAUUUCCGGGAACCCGUCAGGAAGGGACAUAAACAAAACAAACCCCAGAGCGGCAUGGAGGGGCCGGGCCAGGGCUGGAGCCUCAGCAGAAGUGGGGGCCCCCACUGAGACACCACCCAUCACCCCGCUGGGACGGGGCGCCAGAAAGUCCCCAGAGACAAGUUCCAUGUAGUCGACACGAAGCUUUUUCUAGGAAAAUAAAUCUGUGAAUCUCCAUUGCAUGAGUUAUAUGUUGCCUGUUUACCCUGAAGAAAAGCUGGAACGGAAUUUGCAAGCAAAGAAAACAACAAGUUUGGACUUAAACUUGGGGGAUCUGGGCCUGGAAAUGCCUCAGCCUAGUGUGAGUGGAAUGGACCCUCCUUUUGGGGAUGCCUUUCGAAACCACAUGUUUUCAGAACAGACUCUCAUGAGCACAGAUCUGUUGGCUAACAAUUCCGAUCCAGAUUUCAUGUAUGAAGUGGACAGAGAAAUGGAUUACCAGCAGAGUUCCAGGGAUAACCUCCUUUCUGUAGAGGACUGUAAAGAUCUUGAGAACCUGGAGUCCUUUACAGACAUUCUGGAUACUGAAACCUCUUUCCCCGCAAAUUGGGAGCAGUGGGACACUUACUGUGAAGAUUUGACAAAGUACACCAAACUAACUAGCUGUGACAUCUGGGGAACAAAAGAGGUGGACUAUUUGGGCCUUGAUGAUUUUUCAAGCCCGUACCAGGAUGAAGAGGUGAUAAGUAAAACUCCAACUCUGGCUCAGCUCAACAGUGAGGACUCUCAGCCUGUCUCAGAUCCACUGUGCUACCCAGAAUUGUUGUUCAGUGUAAAGCAAACCCAGUUAACCUCUUUGCCAAUGAAGAAGAUUGCAACCAGAGCAGCAGCCCCAGUUUGUUCAUCCAAGACAGGCCAGGCUGAGGCACCUUUAUCAGAAUCUGCCCUGAAAGGAGGCAAACCCAAUUCAAGCACACAAAUCAUGGUGAAGACCAACGUGUACAAUAAUGAGAAAGUGAACAUUCAUGUUGAAUGCAAAGAUUAUGUUAAAAAGGCAAAAGUAAAGAUAAAUCCAGUACCGCAGAGCAGGUCUUCCAUGAGCCAGGCAAACGCUGAUGCUGCAAAAGAAAACACCUGCUACUGUGGAGCUGUAGCAAAGAAACAAGAGCGGAAAGGGAAUGACUCCCUUCAGAGUCACAAUCCGGUGUUGCCUUUUAAAGAGACUCAGGCUCUGCUCCUCACUCCACCUCAAGAAACUCCAGGAAUAGUUGCUGAGGAGAACAGCCUCUCUGCCAGCACCUCUGUUUCAGAUCCUUCACAGAAAAAGGAAGAACACAACUAUUCCCUCUUUGUCACAGACAGUUUGGGUGAGCAGGCCGGUGCAGGCAAAGCUGAUCCAGAGGAGGAGGAGGAGGAGGAAGAAGAGGAAGAGGUGGAGGAUGAAGAUCACGAUGAAGGUUUUGGAAGUGAGCAUGAACUAUCUGAAAACGAGGACGAGGAGGAUGAUUACGAGGACGACAAAGAUGAUGACAUCAGUGAUACUUUCUCUGAACCAGGGUAUGAGAAUGAUUCUGUAGAAGACUUGAAAGAAAUGACCGCAAUAUCUUGUCGGAAAAGAGGAAAGCGAAGAUACUUCUGGGAAUAUAGUGAGCAACUAACGCCAUCACAGCAGGAGAGAAUGUUAAGGCCUUCAGAAUGGAAUCGAGAUACACUACCAAGUAAUAUGUAUCAGAAGAAUGGAUUACAUCAUGGGAAAUAUGCUGUUAAGAAGUCACGGAGGACAGAUGUAGAAGAUCUGACACCUAACCCUAAAAAACUGCUACAGAUUGGGAAUGAAUUGAGAAAGCUGAAUAAAGUUAUCAGUGAUUUGACUCCAGUCAGCGAACUUCCUUUAACAGCUAGACCAAGGUCAAGAAAAGAAAAAAAUAAGCUAGCUUCCAGAGCUUGCCGACUUAAAAAGAAAGCCCAGUAUGAAGCCAACAAGGUGAAACUUUGGGGUCUCAACACUGAAUAUGAUAACUUGCUGUUUGUGAUCAACUCUAUCAAACAAGAAAUUGUGAACAGAGUGCAGAGUCCCAAACAUGACAGAGUAACCAAUAUGGGUCAGAAGCUUGAUGUACUUAUUAAAGAUACUCUUGGGCCACCUGUAUCUGGGCAAACAUCAGAAUUUGUGAACCAAGUUUUAGAAAAAACAGCAGAAGGAGAUCCUACAGGAGGCCUUGUAGGGCUACGAAUACCAACAUCAAAAGUUUAGUAGACAUCACUUGAUCCAUUCACAUUGGUCAGAGCUCUGCCUGUGUCAUGUACUACAUUGUAAAAUUAUUUCUGGUCUGCAUGUGAAUUUAGCGUUCUAUAAAACACAGUUUUCAGUUCCAUCAUUUUUUUCCUUUUUAUAACAAUGUAGUAAGAUAAGUGAAAGCAUGGUAUAAAAUGCUUACUGGCAUUUUGGAGCAUAAAUCUUGUAGUUUUAAAUCUGCUUCUGUCAUAAAUGUGGUGACUACAUAUUCAUUUUUAAAUUAAAUUUAUCUAGAACCAGAUAAUAUAACAUGCAGGAGCAAAACAUGUUUUUUGCAAGUAAAAAUCUUGCAAAAUGCCAAACGUUAUGGCAGGUUUAUGCUCUAAUUAAAAUAAAAACUUAGAAUUCAGAUUAAGAAGGUUUUUUUCAAGAAUAAUUGCUCUUUUGUUCUAAACUAAACAAUAAGUUUUCUUUGCAACCAUAACUUGUACAUAGCACACCUGGCAAUAACGCUAGUGUGCCAUAUAAAAAAAUAUAGUUUUCUGAGCUUGAUACGGUAUUUAAAUGUCUGUGCAAGUAAGAAAAUGUAUACUCUUUGUGCCUUGUAUUGAGGGGGAGGGUGGGUGGUGAGAAGUGUAACUAUAAAAAGGUAAGAAACCCUUGUGGGAGAGAAGAUGUAUAGAUGGUCUCAUGGGUUUUAAUGUAUUUGUUCCAGCUCUUACAAAUUUUUGAAUGUAUAUAGGAAUAUGUUGAAAAUGUAGAUAUGCCACAGAGUCUAUGUAUUGUAAAAAAAAAAGAUGGCUCUAGAAAACUCAUUUUCGGUACUUGGCCGGAAGAAAACAAAUACUUGCACAUUAAUGCGAUUGUUUAUUUUUGUACCAAAGACAAAUGCAACUGAUAUGGCAGAUUGCCAGUUUAAGUAAAGUUUUGCACAGCUUACGUGAUACUGUACUGAAUGUAUAAAAAGAAAAAAAACUUAAAGGUCAGGGUUAGGGAUCUUACUGAACUGUGAAUUUUUUUCUCUUUGGGUCCAAUUGUCUACGGAAGGAGCAUUCAUACAUAACUAUUAUUUUGCUGUUCUUCUAGUUCGCUUCAUAGUAGAUAAGUUGGCCAUCUAGAAGUCUGUAAAUCCUUUUUUUCUGCACAUAGUAGAAAUUUUAAUAUAUUUGGAUUUUAGUAAGCUAUUGGUAAAGUAGAUUUUGACUUUGGAAAUUAAAAAUUUAGCUUGUAGGAUACUUCCACCAAACAACCAAAAUAAAAUUAUUUUUAUUGUCAUGUGUAUAUAUGUAAAGAAAAGAGCUAAAAUAUCUAAUUCCUUAGUUGCCACUUUUCCAGUUGUUGUAUUAUUGUGCAUGUGAUGUUUCCAAGGAUCAACACAGGCUUAAAAAAAGAAAAGAAUUUAUAGAUUUUAUAUUUUUGUACAGAUAUUUCAACUAGCUUCUUCAAACUUCUAUGUGACUUAUUGUUAACUUGUAGUUUCUAUGAUUGGGGGGAAUACAAAUGCGUGUGCAGUUUGGCUCACGAGAGUCUGCUUUUAGUCAGUGUUAAAGUACCAAUGAAAAGCUUUAUCUCUUGAUGAGAAAGUUGUUUAUGUCAAGACAGGAUCAUUAUCUGGUUUCAUGAAUGCCUUUCCUCCCAAUUGUUUGAUAGACAGGUGACUACAUAACACUAUUUAUGAAGGAUACCAAAUAAUUCAGAUGCAGCUCCAAGUAAAUACAAAAAUCUCAUAAUCCCCCCCUCCAGUUCUUUACAUGCACCUUACAGUGUGAUUCCUUUUAUCUAAAUGGACAUUGGGAAUUGCUACAUUCCUGUAAUAGGCAAGCAAUGUAUUCUUUUUUUAAAAAAAGAAAGAUUGAGGAAGAUGUACCUCCCACUGUAGAGUUGUACUACCCCAGUCUUUUUUUUGCUCUCUCUGUCCGCACUGCUGCUUAUUGCUAACUACCUUUUCAAAAAUUGAUCUAAAGUAUUUGCAUAAUUUCAGCACAAAUUUGCAUGUCAUGAUGGAGCUUCUUUUUUUAAAGCGUCAAGCCUGCAAUAGUGCUGGCAUAUCAGAAAUGUAUCUCAUUUAACGCUGGUUAUAGAGCUGUGUCCAAGUAUUUUACAUCAACCUAUUCUGAUAUACUGAAAUAGUGUUGAGCUUCAUUGAAGAAUGGUGUUUAAAUAUGAUUCAUGCUAAGAUUCUAACACUGGAUCUGAAGAGCAUGGAUAGGAUAGUUACAGCGGGAUACAUCUUUUUUGCAAUCAGGACUUGCGCAGCAAGAUAAACUGACAGUAAGAUACAAUACCCCUUUGUAGUAACUCAGGCUUUUCUGAGCUGAUACUGCAUUUGCAGCCUUUUUUGUGCAUGUCUGAAAACCAGAAUAUGAUUUUGGUCUAGCAUUGAAAAGAGUCUUUGAAUCUUUUUAGUGGAUUCCACACCUUUGCAUUUCAGUGUUUUCUAUGUAUUAAGUUAUAGUCUAAAAGCUUUGAAAUAGUUGAGCUUUUUAAUGGUGACACUUUAUUUUGUAUCUAUUUAUAUAUGUAUGUAUAUCUUAGAAAAGCACUUUGUUUAAAAAAGAAAAAAAAGAUAUUGCAUUUUAUAUGAUUCCUGCCAUUUGCUGCUAACUCUGGGCUGGUCAGAAUGCUGCAGCGAUACUUGAUCUAAAUAAAACCUGGCAGUAAAAUGUAGAGUAAAGUUAAGACCUUUGCUGGUUUAACCUUUAUUGUAAAGAUGACAUAGGCAAGCUGUGCAGCUUUACAUUUUAACCAGGGGACUCUGUGGCAUUUAAAACAGUCUAGAAAAUGGUUGUACUUUUAAUGCCAGUAACAAUCUGCUUCCUCUAGUGUCAUUUAAUAUAUGUUUAGUGUAUAAUUAUCACAAAGAUUUUUUAAAAACCAAAUGUUCAUGUUUUGUUUUGGGAAAUUGUGGCAUGCAUUUUUGGAUGAUUAUCUUCAGAGGAGCUCUCUAAAGGUUUUCAGUGUUCAUACACAGUAUGUGGAUCUUAUUGAAGUCUUUGGUCACUUUCCGAGUGUAGGCAUUGUGAAUAUUCUAAUGUCAUCCAAAAGCAAUUAUACACUUUAUUUUUUAAAAGGAGUUCCGAACUCUCUUUCAUACACUGGAUACUUUUGAGUUUGUUUCCAUAUUAAAACAUGCUCUUGCUAAAAAUUUGUCAGUCUGAAACUGAGUGCCACACUUCUAUUUUUGAAUGGAUAUGAACUACCAUACUUACUCUGUACCAUGUAUGGUUCUUGUCCUUUACCCAUUUUCUCCAUUGACAGAUUAUGAUGUGGCUUUAUAUUGUGCCUUACUUGUAUAUUAGAACCAAGUUUAUUUUUCAUUCCCCAGGACUCCUUAAACCCUUGAACCCUUUUGGAAGCAAACUACAAUUAAAGCAUCAUGAAGGAACUUCAAACAGAUUUGCUUAGUUGUAUUGAUUAGUUUGUACUGGCAUAGGGUGACCAAUUUUUCAGUGGUCUUGGAAGAUAGGAUUUUUUAUAGUAAUUCCACUACAUCUCUUUACAAAAGCUUCUCUGCCUUUUCUUGAAUUUAUCAAGCACACCUUGAUAUUUAACUUUCUGGGGCUCAUAAGUACUAGUCUUCUGGCUAGUCAAGGACUGGCUCUUUCCACUCAGCUCUGGCAUCAAUGCAAACAGUGACACUGUUGUAGGAAUUGGGCACAGAGAUAUACUAAGUCCACUAGUUUGGUCAGUAAUUUAUUUUUAAAUGUAGACUGAAGUGCAGUGGAAAAGAGCAAAAAUGAUUUCUAACACAGAUUAAAGGUCUCUUGAAUAAUCUUAAAGCAACAGACAUUUCUCAAAUACCGUACUGUCAGUGUGGGUUUCACAUAAGUCUAUACCAUUUUUCUGAUGUUUGCCUUCAUUAAUAAAUCUGCUUGUUUAUUCACAAAUGUCAAUAAUGAUGUAUUGUUUCUCUUAUGUAAGUCUUUUUAAUACGGCUAGUUUUGAAAUGGUAAUCACCUCCUAUCUGUGUUUGAUGGGUUUACUUACAAGUUGCCUUCAGCAGAAAUAGCAUAGCCAGUCUGUUCCUUGACUUAUUUAGCAGUCUUCCUGGAAUUCUGUUGAGGCACACUCAAAAUACAUAAUAUUGAAAUUCAGCCUUCCGACCUGAAUUUCAUACAUGUCUAAUCAUGCUUUCUUAUUUUUCUUUUUUCUUUUUUAGGGUAAGGUUUAGCUGUCAAAUUGUCUAGUUUAGUCUGCUAUCAGAUUGGAGCCUAUAUUUUCGCUAGCUGAAAUGCUGCACAAAAGUGCAGUUUCUUAUUUUGUUUUACCUGAGGGAUUAUACAAAGUACAUUUCAAUCAGUUCCUAAUCCAAAAGCUGAUCCUUUCCUUUGAAAAAAUGUUUAAGGGCAUUACCACAUUGAGAGUACAACGCUUGGUGAUACUUUCCAGUGUAAAUGGAAUGCUUUGUCAACAUUGCAGAAAUGGCACUUUAGCAUAUACUUCCUUCACAGCAUUCUAAGCUUGAUUGGGUCUCAUGGUUACGUAUUUUCAGUCUAUUUAAUUUCCCCCAAUUGGUUUAGUGCAGUAGAAAGGUGUUUGUGCAAUGUGAUGCUCAGCCUUUUAAGAUGUUAAUGAACUUCCACAAGAGCAUAUUGGUCAUGCAUUUUUUCUCCAUAAACCAAAAACACUUUAUUCGAAGUAAGCCCUAUUUGUUCUGGUGAAACGUCAGUUUAGGAUUGCAGACUUAAUCUUUCUGGAAAGCAAUCUUAAAGCAAAGCUAGGCCUAGCUAAGAAACGAGAAGAAAAUAAUUGUCUUGUGAGACCAGGCCAAAGGUUCGUCUAACCCAUUGUUAUCUUCAGAGGCUAACAAGAUGCCUCAUUUCCCAACAGCUUUCCAUGAACUAGGGAAUAAUGAAGCAAUUCACUUUUGCAGAAGUAUAAUCCAUGAAUAGUUUUCACUCUCUCCUCCUGCCUUAAACAUUCUCAACACCUUUUGGCCCAUAUAUAUGCUUAAGAAUGAACAAAGUCUGCAAUUCUAACCUAACUUAACUGCUAGUAGGGCCAACUCAUUGCAGUCAAUGGGACUUGCUUCCAAAUGAAUGGGUUUAGGAUUGCGGCACAAGGCUGACAGCAUAUGCAAACACAGCAAAGCUUUCUGAAAACCAAAAACAUAUUAACAACCUUGGUGAUCUUAUGCUUGGGAUCAUGUUUGUAAUGCUGUUUAAUGUUCUGUAGUCCAUUUCCAACUGGAGCUCAGACAAAUGUAUUGAAGGUCUUGUCUCUGUUCAGAAAAUUUUAUCCUGUUAAAAGCAUGAUCUGUUUGCAAUUUUUAUAAUGUUUAAUGUUGUGUAGUUUUUCUUUUUUUUAAAAAAAAAGAGAGGCACAAUUAAAACAUUGAUUUUGUUUACUCCUGUCACCCUGGGGCCCGAGCACUUUUAUUCAGAUACAAACUCAUCAAUGUAUGCAACAUACUUUGUAACAGAAAAUAAAUUGUGAAGAGAAGUUCUGACAGUA